AUGGCCCCUACGCGGCUGCAGCUGGGCCUCCGCGCCGCCUACGCCGGCUUCUCCAUCUUCCUCGUCUGGACCGUGGUCUACAGACAGCCGGCGACCGCGGCCAUGGGCGGGCUCGCAGGUGUGCUGGCGCUCUGGGUGCUGGUGACGCAUAUCAUGUACGAGCAGGACUACUGGAGGACCUGGCUCAAGGGGCUUCGUGGCUUCUUCUUCGUGGGUGUCCUCUUCGCCACCGUCUCCGUGGCCGCCUUCUGCACCUUCCUCGCGCUGGCCAUCACCCAACACCAGAGCCUCACUGACCCCGGCGGCUACUACCUGUCGUGUGUGUGGAGCUGCAUCUCCUUCAAGUGGGCCUUCCUGCUGGGCCUGUACGCCCACCGCUACCGGGCAUCAGCAUCCUCAGCGACUUCUGACCUGGAUGGGGCCCGGAGGCACCCAGGACUCUGGCAGGAAACAGGUCUCAGGACGAGGGGCGUGGGGGCGGGGUCCUGCCUCAGGGCCGCCGGUGACACUGAUGAGGAAGCGUGA